AUGUCCCGAGAAGUCGGUUUUAACAAUGAUGACUCUCCCAAUAAGGCAAAUGCGAAUUUGCAGCUUCCAAGUCCGAUUAUAACUCGCAGAAAUCGAACCGCCUCUACGUCUGAGAGGGCUUUAGGAAAUCCUGUUGAAACUGGAAAAAUAAAAUCGUUUUGUAGAGAAAGAGGUCAUGGAUUUGUAACCUCCGUGAGAGGCGGCGAUGAUAUAUUUGUACAUAUUUCUGACAUUGAAGGUGAAUAUGUGCCUCUACCUGGAGAUGAGGUGAUGUAUCGACUCUGCCCAAUACCACCUAAGUUUGAAAAAAACCAAGCCGUCCAUGUCAGGAUUGUCCAUCUAACACGAGAGAAACAUUUAAAGUGGGAUGAAGCUUUGCCAUAA